UGCGCCCGCCACGAGCUGCGGGGCCGCGUGAACUCACCUCUCCCCGCAGCGUUUUUCCAGUGGAGCGCUACGGUUGAGUGCCACUUCCUCAACGGCACCGAGCGGAUGAGGUUUCUGGUGAGGCACGUCUACAACCGGCAGCAGUACGUGCACUUUGACAGCGACGUCGGUCUCUUUGUGGCCGACACGGUGCUGGGAGAGCCUUCUGCUCAGCUCUUCAACAGCCAGCCGGACGUGCUGGAGAAGAACAGGGCUGCGGCGGAAAUGCUCUGCGGCUACAACUACGAGAUCGUGGCCCCUUUGACGCUGCAGGAGAGAGCGCCCGAGGUGAGGAUCUGCGCGCUGCAGUCAGGCUCCCUGCCCCGAACCGACCGGCUGGCUUGCUUCGUGACGGGCUUCUACCCACCCGAGAUCGAAGUGAAGUGGUUCCAGAACGGACAGGAGGAGACGGAGCGCGUCGUGUCCACGGACGUGAUCCAGAACGGGGACUGGACCUACCAGGUGCUGGUGGUGCUGGAGACCGGCCCGCGGCGCGGGGACAGCUACGUGUGCCGGGUGGAGCACGUCAGCCUGCGGCAGCCCAUCAGCCGGCUC